AUGUGGUCAAACCAUUCGUCCAUAACAUCAGCGAAUCGCAAGUCGGCCACCGAUUCGUCGGCCGAUAAUUCGGAUUCGGACGAAGACAUCACUCCCACACCCACUCCGACGGGCCAUGAGUUGUAUGAGGAGACGGUUUGGAGUGAUUCCACACGAGAAGCACUGAAUCGCACGAAAUGCAGACAAUUAGACACCGAAGACAAGCCGCGAAGCACUCAGAAAUCGCUUUCACCGCAAACACAACCACCGCAUCAUUCGUGCAGUCAUUGCGAGAGCGGCGGUUCAGUCGGUGACCGUCUGUCCACUUCACGUGUGUUUCAAAUGAGUGAAACGACUAAUUGCUUUCCAAUUGUCUCGAAACACAACUACCGGUGCAGUCACUGCGGCCUCGCCUGUGCUCACAUGUACAUCGAGCCAAUGGCCCCUACCUAUUGGGAUCAUGUCGUUCCACAUCAUCACUCGUUGCAUCAAAACUUUUAUUACAGAAAGAAUAUUCACGAAUCGGACAAAACCCACGAAAAGCUUGAAUACUUUGAAAACGAGCGAGAACAUUUGCUGAUUCAGAUGGGAAUAAUGAGCGAACAAAUUGAAUCACAAGCCGACAAAAUCGCACAAAUGGAGCAAAUAGUAGACAAUACAAAGUCUCAACUGAUGGCAACUGAAGACAUGUUCCAACAGUCGCUGUACACGAAGUCAUCGCUAGAAAGCGCCAAAUUGGACCUCAUGUCCGAAAUAUCGAGACUCAGACUUGAAUUGAGUGAAUGCGAGCACUCGAGGAUUACCGCCGAAGACAAGAGUCGAAAACUGGAGAACGAAUUGUCUGUCAUUAAGAGUACUUUAUUGGACAGAGAGACUGAGAUAUCAGCCCUUCGACUAACGUUAGCCAAAAUGGCCAGAACUACCGGCUAUUUGCUCACUGACCACGAGUUGUCACUUCUUAGGGGCAAGUCGUUCACCAAUGAAUUCGUACGAUCUCGAAUACCAUCUUCGGGUGAAUCUCGAGUGCUGGACAAACCUCCCCUUCCCAUCAGUCAACGGCUGCUCUCCAGUAAUCCCUCGCAUUCGGAGCCUACUUCUCGUCGCGAGAGUACAGUCAGCGGACGUCAGUCUCCCUCUCCGUCGUCCAUAUAUCGAGUGAAUCCGCCGACACAUAGAAGUCCGUCUCCGACACCUCUGUCAUCGAUGGGUCGCUCGACAUCAGCCGAGAACGUGAAGCCCAAAGUGAUGCCGAUUACCAACUACUCAACUCUACCACACCUUCACGGCGCACAAGUACUCCACCAAAUCCAACAACAGCUACAACAACAUGAAAUGAGCCAUUCGUACGAACCUCGAACGCCCACUACUCCCACCUCUAUGUCCAGUCUUCAGAACCGUUCCAAUGAUAACCUCAGGAACGACAUGUCAGAUAGUAGUAGCAAACACUCGGGUGUCACACAAAAGGGCCUCAAGUGCUCCAGACAAAAGAAGACCAGAUUAUAUCAUCUGCGCGUUCAUCCACUUCUGAAAUACCAAACUCUGUACUCUCAUUACCACUCGGAAAUCAAUCCAAAAACGAAUCAAAACCUAAAGGACUCCGAAGAAUAUUUAGCCGACCAAAGAGAAGUCCGUCCAGUUCUUCAGGUUUAUCUGAUAAUGCGUUCACUCGCGGAGGCUUUCGAUCGACAUCUGGUCCAAGGCUUGGAUAUUCUCCAAGUUCCCUUGAAUUUUAAUCGCUUUAAGACCAAAGAGAAGUCCGUCCAGUUCUUCAGUAUAAAUCUGCCGUUUUCUCGUUGGGACACAAAUCUUGUUGCCGAUUGGUUCGCGAUUAUAGGACUCGGCAUGUAUUCAAAUGACUGCAAGCGUUGGUGCAAAAAUGGUGAGCACCUGAUGCGCGCCACAGACAAUGAGGUGGAGAAAGAGUUGGGAAUUCGUAACUCAUUGCACCGCAAGAAACUCCGUUUAGCCGUCUCUGCUAUGAAUCAGGAGGCGGACGACGAGCUGACCAAAUGUGCGGACCAAUUGGACUAUCUUUGGGUCGCGCGAUGGCUCGACGACAUCGGACUUCCCCAAUACAAAGACGCCUUCUUAGACGCCAGAAUCGAUGGACGAGUUCUUCACUAUUUGACUGUUGAGGACCUGUUCUCUCUUAAGAUCACGAGUCAAUUGCAUCACUCGAGCAUCAGAUGUGGGAUUCGAGUGCUUCGCGAACAGAAAUGUCUGAAGCGAAGAGCGGCCGCCGACGAGACAAACAUCAGUGAAUGGAUUCCCGAAGAGAUAGCGUUGUGGACAUCACACCGAGUGAUGGAAUGGUUGCGAUCGAUUGAUUUGUCUGAAUUUGCGCCAAACCUGCGCGGGUCUGGAGUUCACGGCGCUCUCAUCGUAUACGAGCCCGCCUUCAACGCCGACCUCUUCUCGACAUUGCUAUCCAUUCCUACCGUUAAAACCCUUUUGCGUCGACACAUCUCUAUUAAGUUUAAACAACUCAUUGGCAAUGAUUUGUGUCGAUCGAAACGCGACUUUGAGUGCCUUCCCAAUUACGUGCCUAUGAUUCCCGGCGCUAAAGUGAAGAUCCACAGAAAAGGACAGUUCACCCUUAAAAAGAAACGUAAAUCAGAUAUGAGUUCCGAUGACUACGUGUGUCCGAUGGGAGACAAUGCGAGCGCCGGGUCUCACACUCCGAGUCUUCGCUCAGUUCGCCGACAGGACUCCAUUUCGAGCACUAAUUCAACGCAAAGUAAUACAAUGGAUGGCAACCGAAGAGAUAAAGUGACUGAUGUCUGAACACAACAACGAUUACUAGAUUUUAUAUACAUUUUAUGUCUUUUGACUAUAUUUUAAAUUUUGUUAUUUUCUUCCAUUAACUCUAAAUUUAGACCAAAAUUAUAUAAUUUAUAUCUUAUUUACAGCUAUUGUUAUACAAAUUCA